UUGCAAAUGGGGAAGUAGUUCUGUACAUAUAGAUCUGGCGAAAAUGCAGCGCCGCCUGUGUUGCUAAAAAUAAACAGGGAAGUCAGAAAAACACCACGAGCAAAAUCUACCAUGUAGAAUUAGAAGCUCGAAGAAUUUCAUCUCGUCCUUGUUCCCGGCCAAGACGCACGCAAUUCUUGUUGAGUCACAAGUCGUAUAACGUCUUUGUACAUGUCCGUCAAGAAGACGCAACAGGCUUCUACUGUGUGUAAACGGAUAGAAGUAGAGUACCGGACGCAAUCCGGGUUGAAUCGUCGGUGGUGGAACGCAGCUUAAUGCUAUAAAUAACCGCUAGCUUCAGGGGAGGUGUCAAGUGGAGUAACAAGUAGAUAGACCUGUUCACUGUCAACACACACCAAACUGGGACCACUGAAAGCAAGAGUUCUCUUGAUCCCGUAGGCUAAACAACGACUGAAGAUGGAAAAACACUGCUUGUGGUGGUGGUGGGCACGUAAACGAAACAGAAACCAAAGAAACGGAAGAACACAUCAAUCAAACGGAAAUCAAAGAAACGAGGGGGCACAAACAAGACGGAAAACAAAGAAAUAGGAGUACAGUUAACCAACAGAAAAAGGUGGCUUUUGAGCACAAUGGGUUUGCCAGUGGAAUGAUAAAAAGUUGAAGAAAAAGUUGCAGUCAUGGUAACCGCUCAUUUCGCAUUUGGAAAGGUGUUAGGUAGCCCCUAGCGCAUUCCACUUCUCUGCAGAAUAUCCGUUAAGUAACAACCUUGAAAAGUUCGCUGGCAGGAAAAAGAAAAGAAACUAUUGGUAGCUUCAGGUUUCAAGCUCAGUAAAAUAAGUUGAAAUAAGGCGGGGAUCUCUACGAUUUGUGCAUUUUCGUGAAAAAACAUGUGCCUUUUAUACCUUUGGUAACUUAACCCGAUUUAUAAAAAUCUGGAAAACAGAUAAAGUUUUAAUAAUAUUGUUUCUUUCUUUGGUUUAAAAUGCUUGAGAGUUCGCCCAAACAGCAUAGCAGACGUGACACAAAGUCACUUUCAACCACAACAAGUGUUGAACAUGAAGCGAAAGAAGAAUUGUUGGAAAAUGAUGUUCCCAUUGAUCUUAGUAAGAAGUCUUCUUGUCCUAUAUGGAAGAACAAAGACACGCAAGGAUCGUCAGAAAAAACGAACUUUCUAAAGAGUAUUGAAAGUGAUUGGAUUGAAAAAUGGCAAAAAAUUGCAGGCGGUGUGCUUCCUCCGAUGUUUUCCUCCUAUCUUCAUCUUGCCGAAGAUCCAUCAAGAACCCACUGGUCAACUUUAAAUCAUUCCGAUAAACUAUCGUAUAAUUCCAAAAGUGCUUCAUUUCUGUCUCCUUUUCUCUUUCCCGUGGGGACAUUAAAUUCCUGUCCCUUGGUUUGUGAUCCUUUCGGAAAUACUUUUAUUUUGACAGUUCAUCCAGAUGAUGAACAUAUUGUUCCUGUGCCAAUUGGUAGUCCUUUCAGUAAUGGAAUAAAACUUACUCAAACCGAUCUCACUGAUACAAUACCUGUAAGUGACAAACUUUUGUCAAAAUACCUAGAAAAUAGUCCUGAUGAAAAGGGUGAUCAAAGCAGUAAGAACAGUACAUUUAAAACGUUUUCCAGAUCAUCUAAUAACGAUGAAGCUGAGUCAGAACAGGAAGAAAACACCUGUCCUGAAAAAAAUGACCAAAGAGACAAAUUGAAAAGUAAAGACAGUCAAUCGGGAAGUAAUGAAUCUAAAUAUACGAGUUUUUUAUAUUCUAAAGAGAAGUGCUCUGUUAUAAGAGAACUGUCUCAAGAACACUGUGACGUAGCCGAAGAUUUAAGAGUGUCUAAGGAUACGAACCGUCUCGAAAACCUUGCACGAGUAGAACCGCAGUUAAGAGAUUCUCAUUUCUUUGGAAACUUGAAGAAUUCUGUCAGUUGCUCUGUUCUUUCUGAAAAAAGUCCUGGGGUUGAUCAUUUUUGGUGUGAACGUCCCAGAACCAACUCUGAGAGUGCUGCAUUUCGUAAGCAUCCUAUCGAAAGUGUCGUUGAAGACGCAAAAGACAAGGAAGCAAACAGUAACGAAACAUUAAAAAGAAAAGUAGGUUCGUUUAAAUCGGAAAGCGAGUUUGAUCAUUUAAACCCAAAGAGGCAUAAAAUAUCCCUAAGAAAAUCCAAAUCGGAGGAUAUGAAUUUAAUAGACUCAAAGAGAAAUGAUCAAACUUUGUUUGCAGUAGACUUAGAACAUUACAAAUCAAAAGAUUAUUUUUCUUCCGCUCAAAACUUGGCUUCUGUUAGUAUUGACACGUCUGAAUGUCGAGGCCAAGAGAAAACGUUCUUUCAGCAUCUUCGUCACAUUUAUCCUCUGUCCUUUCCAUGGAACAUCUAUGGGUAUUAUAGUAAGCUCAUGCAGACAUGUCAAAAUUCGGAAGUAUUUACACAUCUGGCAGCUAGAAAUAUCAGUAUAACGUCAGAUGGCGCUGUUAAGACACCUUCCCCUAAAUCCUCUCCAAGCUUUGCCAAAACUACUUCUCAUGAAAACAGUGGAAUCGUAAAUGACAGCCAAAGCGACACUUGGAGUGCAAGUGCAAAAAAGCGAGUACCUCGGACACUAACUGGCAAGCACGUGCGAUAUGGAACUGGUGCAAGUCUUUCCACCUUACAAACUCUCCGUGAAAAAAUCCACGAGAGACAAAAAGCCAAGGAACAUACGGUGCUGAAUGAGAAAUUGUUUUCCUCAGAGAGUAACAAGAAGAAAUCAAACUCUAAGCAGCCAACAAAGCGUGACCGUAGUCCUAAAACUAAGACAAAAAUCCCAAAAAUAUGAACCAUGUCUAAACAGCUUUUUAAAUAUUUUGAUACCACUUUGCAUUCCAUUUCAACAUUGAACUAGCAAACAAUUUAUUAAGAGAUUGAUAAAAAAAUAUGUUGAUUUUCCUUUUUUUACAAGUAGUGUGUCAUAGAUUUUAUACAAUGAUAAAGAAAUUUAUACAGUGUUAGUAUUUUGUCACGUAACUUCUGUAAUUUAAUAGAUAUUUUUUUAGAUGUGUUAUUUCUACUCUAAAUGUAAACACUGGGCUUCCCUGAUGGUGUUACCUAAAGGAUAUUUCAUCUGAUGCAUCUGUAAAAUAAGCUUUGUUAUAGGUUUGUAGAGAACACAUGAAAUUCUUCCAACUUACGUAAGCUCUCCACUAUCUCAAGUCCUGAGUUAAAGUAAUCUGUAAUGUUAACAGUUUUUUGUUUUUUUUUAUAAAUGCUUAUAUAAUUUGUCUGAAUAUUUCAGUAGUAUAACUACUGGACUUUAACCCAUUUUUUUUCAAUGAAACAAAAGUGGUCCAAUAUUAAGGUAGAAUCGUCCAACGUUUGGUGGUAUGCAAUAGUCACCCAAUUAUGUGAUUGUUCCACCCAAUAGUGAGUAGAGGCAGAAAGAUACCCCACGUUGAGAUGAAUCAACUCCACGUUUGAGUGGAGCUAGCUAGCACUCACCCAAUGCUGAGGUUAAUCAACUCCACGUUGAGAAGAAUCAACUUCACUCACCCAGUGGUGAGGUUAAUCAACUCCACGUUUGAGUGGAGCUAGCUAGCACUCACCCAAUGCUGAGGUUAAUCAACUCCACGUUGAGAAGAAUCAACUUCACUCACCCAAUGCUGAGGUUAAUCAACUCCACGUUGAGAAAAAUCAACUUCACUCACCCAGUGGUGAGGUUAAUCAAUCCCACGUUGAGAUUAAUCAAUUUAACUUAUCCGGUGGUUAAGUUAAUGAACUCCACGUUUGAGUGGAGCUAGCAUUCACCUAGUGCUGCGGUUGAUCAACCCAAAGUUUGGGUGGAAAUAGCACUCACUCAGUGCUGAGUGUGAUCAGCUCAACGUUUGAGUGGAACUAGCACUUACUCGGUGCUGAGGUUGAUCUACAUACGUUUACAACCCAGUACUGUGGUUAUCAACCCAAUGUUUCAAUGCAGCUAGCUCUCACCCAGAUCUCUGAGGUUGGUCAACCCAACGUUUAAUUAGAGCUAGCUCUCGCCUAGUGUUGAGGGUGAUCAAUCCAUCGUUCACACCUCAGAGCUGAGGUUGAUCAACCCAAUGCUUGAAUGGAUCUAGCAUUCCCACAUUGUUUAGGUUGAUUAAUCUAAUGUACACAACAAUACCCGAGUGACAUCCGUGUAAAUUUACUUUUAGAAUUAAUAUAUAUAUAUAUAUAUAAUAUACACAACCCAAUAAUUAUUUUUACAGUCUCGGUUGUCCAAACUUUGGUAGGUCUUUAGAAAUCAUUGAUUACACUUGUAAAGCCUAGUUAAUUUUCUAAAUUGUGUUAUUUGUAGUCAGUGGUUAAGUUGGGGUCUUGAAAAAGGUGGAACUCCUAUUUGUGAUCCACUUUGACAUUCCAAGCAGAAGACUAGGAACGCUAAUGGCUUGAAUCCUCAAAAAUGCGGAACUCAAACAAAGUGUAACAAUAAUUCAAGCAAAUUACAAGAGUUCAAAUGGUUAUUACAUCAUAAUAAAUUGUUUUAUUAUUAUUUAUCGAUUUAUAAACGUUAGUUUUAGUCCCAACUUAUUAAUAGGAAAAUUAUGUGAAAUCCAUUCAUACUUUUUGCUCUUUACAUUAAAUACGUCAAAUGUACAAAUAAUGUUCAUAAUAAUUAGAUACACGACUAUUUUUAAAACGAACCAUCAUUUUCUACAGGCUACAACUAAUUCCCCCUUUUCACUGUUUACUUUAUUUGAAAUGUAAACUUGAAAAAUCAGUUUUUAGUAUAUCAAGAUAGAUCUUUCAUUGUGUUUUAGCUUCCAAGAUUUUCGUUGUUAGGUUUAUUGCAUUUGGAUACCAGUCAAUCACUUGGAAUGAAUAUAAUUAUCUGUAUUCAUUUCAUGAAUUUCAUUGUAUUUAUACUGUUGCUGUUUAAGCACGUUGUCACAAACUACUAACUCAUCUGCUCACCCGAAAUACUCCAUGACGGGACUCGAACCUAUGAUUUAACAGCGCCACUUUACGAACAAGGAUCUGAUCUACUCUUUAUGUUUUUAAGAUUGUGGAAUUUUUUGUCUUAUUUUAAGUUUCUUGUUUUCGUUUCAUGUUGUUUUAGACGAUUCUUUCAUGUUUUUUUUUUCUUCUACAUAAACUAAAGAAACAUUAUUAAAACAUUUUCAUUGUCCUUAAAAUAAACUCAUCUUCGUAGUAUACUGUAAGUGUGAAUGUUUUAGUAUCAUAAGGUAUUUUUCACUGAUUCUCAGAGGCAUACAUUGUUUCAAAAUUCUUGAUUUGGGUUCUAACUUUCUUCAGUGAUUUCUGAAAUUAAAGAAAGGAGAAGAUUUGGUUUGUUGUUAAGCACAAAGCUACACAAUGGGUGUCGAAACUUUGGUUUUGGCCUGAGACUUAGCCCUGGGCUACAAGUAGAGCUGGGGGAAGAUUUAAUGGCGAGUUAACUUUAGCAUUGUUCUACUACUGAAUAUUAACAAACACUGCAACUUACAUAGUUAUUGUAUGUUGUUUUUCUAACAUCAGGUGAAAUCGUUUAAGGAUAAGCAAGAAAAAUCAUUUUAGAAAUGCUCUGAUGAUAAAAUAUUUAGUUUAUGAUUUACUCUUUUUAGUUAAAGUCAGUUUUAUUUGUCAUAUUCGUCACGAAAGUUCCCUUAGGAGAUAUCAAAAAUAGAUUGAGUGAAGAACUGCUGAUGUCAAAUGGUAAGUUGUAAGUUUUUUGAACGUCUUUCUUUUUCUUUUUUUUUGGGGGGGGGGGGGUGUUUUUCUUUUUGCGAUUUGCUGUAUACGCUUUUACAGUAUGUAUUUCUUUAACAAAUAUCUGUCAUUGUCACCGUAACGUAUUUAAAAUUCCAUUCCAUUUAUUCUUUAUUUUUAAGACUUAAAUUUCAUUUAAGUUUUUCACCUUUUUGUCAUUCCACCUGUAUUUGAGUGUACAUCGAUUCACUGAAAGGAUACUUUACUUUGAUCUUAUGGUUUUUGUUUAUAUACAUACAUGUCUUGUUUCAUUUGCAUUUGAAUAAAUCACAGAGUUAUGUGGUAA